GUAUGUUCAAAAGCCGGUUGGGACGCAACACCGGUGGUGCGUUUAUUUAAGCAUCGGUCAGCCGCUCAUCGCUGCUCAUUGUAGAGAAAAGACACCGGCGCGGGGGUCGGUAGUGGUCGUGUGAGGGCAUCAUGGACAACGUGAAACUCUGUCUGCAGGGAGUGGAGCUCGAUCGCCGGACGGCGGCUCUGCUGACGGGUGCCGCGUGCGGGGCUGGAGCUCUGGUGGUGGCGGUGCUGCUGAAGGUCCAAACGCACCGGGAGGCGCAGGAGAAGAUCCGGAGGGCGAGGGGCCGGAGAGCCGACAGCCUGCAGCGGGCCGAGCAGGCCGUGCGGCGGUACAAGAAGUCGCAUCCAGGAGUCGACUCUGCCUUCAUCUUGGCAAAGUCUCUGUCCGAGCUGACAAACGACCUGCAGGACGGCUCGCUGAGCCCUGAAGACGUGUUUUACUCUUACAUGGAAAAGACUCUGGAUGUGAACAAAGAUGUCAACUGCUGCACAGGAAUCUUGUUGGAGAGCUUUGAGGACCUGAAAACUGUUGCUUCCAAGAAGGAAGGUCUCUUGUACGGAGUUCCAGUUAGCAUCAAAGAAAACUACGCGUACAAGAAUCACGACUCCUCUUGCGGCGUCGUCGUUAAUCUGGAGCGGCCUGACCAGAAGGACAGCGUGAUCGUGGAGGUCCUGAAGAGACAAGGAGCAAUUCCCUUUGUGAAAACCAACUUGCCCCAAGCGCUGUUGAAUUACGACUGCGGAAACCCCAUCUACGGGCAGACGCUGCACCCCAACAACCUCCGGAAGACCCCCGGGGGCUCUUCCGGAGGGGAGGGGGCUCUGGUGAGGGGGGGGGGCUCGGUGCUCGGCUUCGGCAGUGACGUCGGGGGGAGCAUCCGCAUCCCCGCCUCGUUCUGUGGGAUCUGCGGCUUGAAGCCAACGGCGGGUCGGCUAAGCUCCAAGGGUUUGAAACCCAUCUUUCGAGGGCAGAAAUCGGUGCUGUCGUCUCCGGGGCCGAUGGCGAGGGACGUGGACGCCGUGGCCCUCGCCAUGCAGGCUCUGCUCUGCGACCACAUGUUUGCUUUGGACCCCACGGUUCCACCCAUUCCUUUUGACAUGCAGAUGUACCAGAGCUCCGAACCUCUCAGGAUCGGUUACCUAGAGGACGACGGCUACACGCAACCGUCCCCAAGCAUGGCCCGAGGAGUCCGCGAGGUCAAAGCUCUGUUGGAGCAAGCGGGGCACACUUUGGUGCCCUACACUCCUCUGAAGAUCACUUACGCUGUAACUGAACUUCUCGUCAAGGGUUUACUGGCAGACGGAGCAAACCGCUUGGUUCAAAAACUGGAGGGGGGCCCUCUGGACCCCUGUCUCCGGGAACAGGUGAUGCCUUAUUAUCUUCCUAACUGGUUGAAGAAAACCCUCUCAUUCCUCCUCAAGCCCGUGUUUCCUCGCGGCGCCGCCGUCCUCCGCUCACUCUGUGGAGUCGGAUCCGUCGAAAACCUGUGGAAGCAGCACGCUGACGUCGAGGACUACAUUGGGGAAACGAUAGCGGAGUGGAGAAGACUCAACAUAGACGUGCUGUUGUGCCCUGUGAUCGGACCGGCAUUCAACUUCUUCUACUGCGGCAAGCUUUCCAGCGCUUUGUCUUACACGGCACUUUACAACCUCCUCACCUUUCCCGCCGGCGUCGUUCCCGUUUCCACGGUGACGGCCGGGGACGAGGAGGAACUCGGGCGCUACGAGGGCCAUCAUCAGGACCACUGGGACAAGCUGUUGAAACAGGCCGUCGGCGGAAGCGAGGGUCUGCCCGUGGCGGUGCAGUGCGUCGCCCUGCCGUGGCAGGACGAGCUGUGCCUGCGCUUCAUGAAGGAGGUGGAACGACUGGUCCAACAGAGCAGAAAGUGAAGCCCGGGGGACGCAGGUGGUGCAGCUCACUUCCGGCGGGGGGGCUUGACGGUGUUGUGAAUGGACUCAGUGAAUGAGUGAAUGUGAAAACACAUUCGACUAACCGGUCUCGGGCUAUAAAACCUGUUGACUGCAUUAAAACAAAAGGAAAUUAUAUAUUAAUGAAUGAUUGGGAUGGUUCACUCCUUCAUUGUUUAAUUAUUUCAUUAACAAACAAAUUUAUUUUGAUUGCACAUAUAAACUAAACCUUUUUAAUGCAUUGUUUUGAAAUAAAGAGUAUAACUGACAUUUCCAUGAUUAGAUCAUCAUAGAAUGAAUAAAAUUCAGAAUCCUCUGAAAUAUGUAACAUC